AUGCCUUUGCAUCUCCAUCUUCUCUGGCUUUUCGCCAUCACUACUACUGUCACCUCAACUCGUCCCUCCGACACCCUUCGAUUCGGCUCUCCCGAGUCGGUUGGUCUCUUGUCGGCUCCCCUUCGCCAGCUUACUGGCAACAUCACUGGUUAUCAGCAGGCAGCCAACUAUGGCCCAUUUACCCAAAAUGAGGUGCAUCCGAUUGAGCCCUCUUCGGCCGUGAUAGUCAGCCAUGAUCACACCAUUGUCUCGCUCUCUGCCAGCGGAAUGAUGUCGCUCUAUGCCGACGCCAAUGGGACUGUACUCCCAGUCUCGCAGCAAUUGCCUGCGCGCACCAACACCAUCUACGAUCUGGCCAGUCUGACCAAGCUGUUCACGACUAUUGCAGCUCUGAGACAGAUCGACGCGGGAUCACUUGCCCUCAAUGCCACCGUGGCAUCCUACUUGCCUGGAUUCGCUGUCCAUGGGAAAGAAAGCAUCACCGUUCUCAUGCUGCUCACCCAUACCUCGGGCUUUGCUCCUGAUCCAGAGCCUCCGCUGUACGAUUCAGUAUACAGGACUGUUGCAGAACGAAAGGCCUCAAUUUUGGACCAGUCGCUGCAGAACAGCCCGGGGUCCACCUAUCUCUACUCGGAUCUCAACUUCAUGUCGUUGGCGCUGGUCCUCGAGCAUAUCACGCAUAAGAACCUGGAUGAGCUGGUGUACGGAUUCACGCAUCCGCUGGGGAUGCACGACACCUUCUUCAAUCGCGGCAACGUUGACGGUGCCGCGUUUGCCCCGUAUGCCCGCAUGGCGGCCGAGGAAUUCCAGAUCCAAGUCCUGGGAUCCAUGGAACCAAAGCGGCCCCAGCCAGUGCGUGGGACCGUUCAUGAUGAGAAUGCCUGGGCCUUGGACGGAGUAUCAGGGCAUGCCGGACUGUUCUCCACGGUGGAAGAUACAGCCAUCCUGUGCCAGAUGAUUCUCAACAACGGCACAUAUGGCGGCCAUCGCAUUCUGUCUCCGGAAGUGGUAGACUUGAUCUUCCACAACUUCAACGAAAGGUUCCCGGGAGAUGAGCAUGGUCUAGGCUUUGAGCUGAACCAGUACUAUACUGCGGGGCCUAUGGCAAGCCUUCAGACGGCUGGCCAUACUGGCUUCACAGGCACGACGCUGGUCAUCGACAGACCAUCCAACACCUUCUUCCUGCUGUUUGCAAACCGAGUCCAUCCCAAUCGCAACUGGUCGUCCAACAAUAUCGCCCGAGAGGCUCUGGGAUACUGGGUUGCCAAGUCCCUCGGUCGCGAUGUGCCAUUUCCUCCCUUGUAG